GUGUUGAGAUUUAGACACAUAAUAAUCCAAAUUGGGAAGUCAAUCAUUAUGGUGUCUGUAUUUCAUGUGAUUGUGAGAUGCAGGUUAGCAUAGAGACUAUUGAUUGAGAGGUUAAUAUUCAACUAUUUAUUCUAUGACCUUAAAACAUAAGAGCUCCUAUCACCUAGCUGUCUUUUCAUUUGCUUUACUGUCCUGGCACGAAUAAAUUCACUACCACAGCACAGGUUCAUUUGGGACAUUUGAACUUUAGAUGCAUUACGGAUUACCAGCUUUUCUAUCUCUAAAUUGCAAAUGUCUGGACGCGAUGAGUGACAUGUUUCAUUCUGAGUCAGGGCAUACAAAAGCACUAAAGACCGUUCAUUUUCAAAAUGGAAAUCUCUCCUCAAGAAAUGGAUUCCAUUCAGUAUGAUCAAUUUGGUACGUCUGACAUUGAAAGUAACCACAGUCUGAGGAAAAUCAUCCCACAAAGAGGUAUGCAGAGCAGGGUGGUUCAUCUCCUGUAUGGUGUCUUGGUGCUUCUCCUGUUGAUACUACUGCUGAUAACUGGACUUAAAUUCUCUCAGUUAAACCAAGCGAUAGUUGAUGUUCAUCUUUACCUUGAGUCCCUGAACAAGACUGUGAUAAGUGCUUGUGCCACAUCUUCCAGUUCAGACCCAGCUACUAUCAACCAUAACUAUUAUGAUGAAUUCCAGCUUCCAGUGAGAGGAACUUGUAGUGAAGAAUGGUGGUCCUUCCAGGAUAGCUGCUACCUGGCAUCAAAAAGGAAGCUCAACUGGAACAGUGCAGAGGAAAAAUGUAUUGAGCUGGGAGCACACCUGCUUGUUCUUAACAGUGAGGAUGAGCUGGACUACAUCUCUCAAGUGAUUGAUGCAGAAAAGAGAUACUGGGUUGGGCUUGUGGAGAGAGCACAAGAGGGCCACUGGACCUGGGUGGAUGGAACUGACUACAAAUCAACUCCACACUUCUGGGAUAAAGGGCAGCCAGACGACUGGCAGGUUGGUGUGAUUGGAGAGGACUGUGGACAGCUUCAUAACGGUCCACACAGACGACGCAAGCUUUGGAAUGAUGCAGAUUGCAACCUAAUGUACAAUUACAUCUGUGAGGCAAAGGGGAAAUGAGAAACAGUAGACCCAUGCUUGCCAUUGACACAUGAGCUGUAAGCUAUGCCAGAGCUGCCCGACUGAUUUAACAUGACAGUCUCAGGAUACAGGAGAAAGGAUGGAUUUCUUUCAGUGACUGUACAACAAUCACAAAUUAUGGUAUUGAGCAUAAGAAACACACAGUGUAUAACGUGAGCUUAUUCACAGAAUAAAGUUUAAUUAAACCUUGGUA